GCCUUGCAAUCUUUUACCUAUGACGAUAAAAGUAGUGAAAUGCAUGUGUCCGGCCAGCACGCAGAUAGCAUGGGUUAAAGGCGGGCGCGAUAUGUUUUAGAGGACGUUAAAAGUAAAGCCAUCACGGCACGCCCUCAAUAUUGUUGUCCGAGUGAAAAUCGAGGAAUGUUGACCCCGGGUGGUGUCCGGGUGAGGCUCCGAGAACCGGAAUCCCCCCGUGACAAUCGGUGGGGUCGGCGAUUGUGCAGCUGAGCCACAUCAGAGUGGCCAAAGAGCCGCGGGUUGCCGACCCCUGACAGUCAAAACACACAGGCGCAGUUUAAAAAAAAAAAAGUAAAAAAUGUCUAAAUAACAUCUGUAUUUCCUUUUUAUAUAAAACCCAUGUUGAAAUUGAACACCUGAAACAAAAAUUCACUGGUUUAAUCCUACAAAAUGAUUAAAGUACAUAGCAGUUAUUUCUUACUUCAGGAAUUUACACUUAAUUUCACAAACAUACAUUUAUGUAACCUUUAAACAGUUUGAAGGAAUCUAAUACUAUUAAAAAAAUAGAUGAAUUCAACAUUUAAAAAAAUAUUUUAUAAAUGAAACAUAACACACUGUCUUUUACUCUUUCAGAGAAGUGUCGAUUUAACCACUACUUGUUUCUAAUACAGCAUUCAGGUAGAUGGUAGGGUAGAAAUAUAAUGGAACAAUAUCCAUCCAUUUCCUACCGCUUAUUCUCUUUGGGGUCGCGGGUGCCCAUUGCUAUAGUACAAUUAGGUAAUGUGAUUUGGUAUUACCGUACACAAUUUUUAAAACUUUCAUAUAUCCAUCUAUCCAUUUUCUACCACUUGUCCCUUUUGGCGUCGCGGGGGAUGCUGGAGCCUACCUCAGCUGCAUUCAGGCGGAAGGCGGAGUACACCCUGGACAAGUCGCCACUUGAUCACAGGGCCAACACAGAUAAAGUGAUGCUACCAUGCCACAUAAGCCCUAAGUGCAUUCUUCUGAAAGGAAGUUGACGCCAUAGCUUGUGGCGCGCGGGAAGGUGGGGGGCUGGCAGACUGUGGACGGGGACGGAGGAGAGCUCUGCUGGGGCCAAUGCAGCAGCAGUAUCGACAGCCUGAGCUGGUGGAAGGAAACCUUCCCGUCUUCGUGUUCCCCACUGAGCUCGUCUUCUACGCCGAUGAGCAGACAUCUCACAAACAGGUGCUCACCCUCUACAACCCCUAUGAAUUUGCCCUCAAGUUCAAAGUGCUGUGUACAGCACCAAACAAGUACACUGUGGUGGACGCCAUUGGAGCUGUCAAACCGCAGUGUUGUGUGGACAUAGUAAUCCGACACAGAGACGUGCGGCCGUGUCAUUAUGGCGUGUACGACAAGUUUCGCCUGCAGGUGUCGGAGCAGAGUCAGCGGAAAGCUCUGGGUCGUAAAGAGGUCACGGCCACGCUGCGUCCCUCAGCCUCGCAGGAGCUGAGCAGCCAACGCUCACACGAUGAUGAACGCAGAGUCAAAGAGCAGCUGGCAGACAGCGAGUUUUUUGAACAGACCGUAUUUCAAACAGAGAGCCGUCCUGUAACUGGAGGACCGAGUCUGUUGACGGUGCUGCUGGGGCUGGUGUGUGUGGCUGCCCUCAUGCUCCCAACCCUGGGGGAACAAGAAUCUACUGUGCCUGUCUACCUCCACUUAAGUGUUAACAAGAAACUUGUAGCUGCUUAUGUUCUUGGACUUCUUACGAUGGUCAUCCUCCGCACAUGAUGGACAAGAAUAUCAGACAUCGUCACAUACCACCGCUGCAAGGAGUUCAAAGCUCACAAUAUGCCUUCACUCCUGAAACAUGAGUAUUUUAUUUUCCCUAACCCAGGUUUGUUUGACACACUGAUGCAAACAGUGACUCCAGUGGACAAGUCCCAGAAUGAGGACCUGUGAAGAAGCGUGAUUGCUGUGAGGCCCUCGUGCUUCUAGUAUAUGAAACCGAAUAGAACGCCAGAGUGAAGGAACAUUCAUGUAUAUAAAGCCAUAGCAGUUUUCUUAUAGUUUUUGCGUGUUACCAACAAAUUGAUGUUUUGAAUCAUUGUAGUGUAGAAUAAAGACUUAAAGGGCAGUUUUCUGCAUGGAUUGGUACCCAUGUAAUUGCAUUUUUCCAACUGUGAUGUAAAAAGGCCUUUUUUUUUUAAAGAUUGUUGUACAAUAAUAUUCAUAACAUGUAAUAAAGUGUCAGUACAUCA